GUGGAGUAGGGUGGGCCUCUAAUCCAACAAGACUGGUGUCCUUAAAAGAAGAGGGAAAUAUGGACACAGACAUAGACACAGAGGAAGAUGAUGUGAAGACACACAGGGAAAACAUCAUGUAAAGACAGCCUUGGAAUGGUGCACCUACAAGCCAACACAGAAUCACAGCAUCUCAGAGUUGGAAGGAAUUCUUCAUAUGACCACAUUGAUUUUUUUUUUUUCCUGUUGGUCGGCAUCAGAUUUGUGAAGGCCCCUGGAGGAUUGGAUGGUGCCUGCCUAUACGGAGGGCGGAUCUUCCCCUCCUCAUCCACUCAGACUCACAUGCAAGUCUCCUCUAGAAACACCCUUGCAGACACACCCCAAAAUAACACUUUUAGAGUGUCUUCGAAGAAGGUAAAUAUUGUUCCCAUUUUGUGGAUAAGAAAAAUGAGAACCAGAGUGAUUAAGGGCUUGUUCAAAAGUACUCAACCAGUUAAUGUCAGAGCUGGUACUUGAACUCAGGCCUCUACAACUCUAAAUGUUUUCAAUGAUAGUAGAAUUGCCUCUAAUGUCAAAACACUGUAGAAUCAUAUUGAUGUUUCAGAUUAUAUUGCCAGUCGUACUUCGUUGAGCUAUGCUUGGUAAUGCCACUGCCAUCUUGGAAAGAAAAUAGAUGCUGAAGUUCCCCAUAGAUGCUGAACACUCAGAAAGUGCCAAUAGUUGCAUCGAUUUGAUUGUAUCUGCUACCUCAUUCCCUCUGAAACACCUGCAAAUAAAGGAAAA